CACUGAGAUUGCAAGCCGCCAAUAAAAGUCACAGAAGAAGAAGAAGAAGUGGAGGAAGAGGAGAAUAAUCGUAAUUAAAAAUGUCAGCUGCUGCGUCUAAGAAGGCUUUUGAGUUAUUUGUUAACAGAGUUCCGUGGACGCUGAGCGCCAAUGAGCUGAAGACAUAUUUUGGACAGUUUGGUGUUGUGAAGAAGUGCAUCCUGCCAGUGGAUCAGAACACGGGCUUCCACAAAGGCUUCUGCUGGAUCAUGUUUAAGACGGAGCAGGACCUGUUCAGCGCCCUGGAGAAGGACAGACACGUGGUGGAGGGCAACACGCUCCUGGUCCAGAGGAACAGAAAGACUUUUAACACACGUGACCCCACCAGAGACAUGGAUUCUGACUGAAGUCAGACAUUGAAGCAGGAAGCUUCUGUGGACACGUUCCUCCUGUCCUGGUGGACUCUGCACUGGCACAGAUCUGUCUGUCAGGAAGCUUUUUCUUAUCGUCUCCAGUUUGUUUUCAUCAUUUUCUGUAACUCUGGUGUCGAAUUUAACAAAGUACAAUAAAGAUGUUUGUUU